AUGUUAGGUGAAUUACACCACGGGGACCAGUACGAGAAGACAGACAUCGACAGUAAACACGUUCAGCGUCUCUCUAAGUUUACUGUUUCGCAACAAAAUCAAAUAUUGGAUAUAAGUCAAGUCGACGACAGUCACGCGUGGUUAUCAAUACACGAAUACCAGGGUCUGGUACUGAUCAACAGGGAGGGUGUGGUCAAAGAGGCAGUAAAACUUGACUUUUGUCCGCACAGAAUCACCAUGGUCGAGACAACAGACAUACUUAUGACCAGUAACCCAGUAAAUACAUUUGUAUAUAAACUAUCACUACCUAACAAACAAGUGACAACAUUUGCUGACAUCAGACCACAUAGAGCAUACGACAUCAGUAUCAACGAGAAGGAUGAGGUGUUAGUUAGUACAAACACACCAGACAUAGUGGUACUGAAUCAUGCAGGUACGAUUGUGAGGAAGGUACCGUGUGGAAUGGAUGGGCGGUGUAUUACAUGUUUGUCGUCAGGAGACAUUGCAGUGUCGGACUUAAAUAAUGUAUCAAUCGUACCAGACAGUUCUGGUACAACCAAAUAUAAAUGGACUGGUGAACUCAACAACGGUCAAAAAGUUGGUAGUAGGGACAUAUGUACGAUGCCACGUGACAAGUACGACAGACUGUUUGUACCAAAUGUCACUAACAGUCAGAUGUAUGUCCUACCGAGAGAUAGUACACAGGCCUCGUGUCUCCUGGAUCAGAAACGUGGAGUGACCAAACCUACAUCGGUGGGUGUGGACACAUGUGGGAAAGUGUGGAUCGGAUGUGUGGACGGUACCGUACACGUGAUCCGACUGUAA